AUGAUAUCUCCUGAUUUUUUUUUUGGCGGUGUGUCCCUUUUAUCUGAUUCUAUUGAAGUUCGCUCUCGUUGGUCUUGUUUGAAGUACUUGGGUGAUGCUAUUAUAGUGAUGUCGGUAGUGGCGUCCUUCGUUGCAGAGUGUGCACGGAGCGGUCGCUGGGUACGGGGCGUUAUGGCUCUUCAUAGCAGUAUCGGUGCAGAAGACGCGAGCAUCGGGAGGGCGCGUCUCCGGUUAGCGUCCAGCAUCUUAAGGAAACAUUGGUGCGCUGCUUUGCCGCUAAUAAGGCCUGAAGAUGUGCAAUAUGUGGAUGACCUUGCCCGAUUGGUGCACGAAUGCUCGAUGUGCGCCGAGGUGCCCGCGGAUGUAUUUGACAGUGCAGUUGUUAAGUUGCUAACGCGCGCUCGAGGAAAAGAUGAAAUACAAACCCAAUUAUUUCUGUCCGCAACCAAGUGGACAAAUUGGCAUCAAGCGACUCGAUUCUUCACCAUGUUGGAUACGCCAGGGGCAUUGUGCAGAGAUUCGCUGAUGAUACUGUUGAUGAACGCUCUUGGAUCUGGGAGCAUAUCCAAACAACACACCAUCGGUCUUAUCCUUAGCCAGUUAAAACUCACCAACAGUCGCCAUAUUGGCAACGGAAGGCGUGAUCACCUAUCGUCAAUCUCUGCUGCUAAUGCUGCGCACUCGUAUAUAGAGAAGGGUACUGAUUUAGUGAAGGUUUGGAGUGCGUUGCGGGAAAGGGAUGGAAUUAGCACGAAGUUAGUAAUGAGUCUCGCAAGAGCGGCAAUACAAGGUGAGCGAUGUUCAUGGAAGUUACCCCUAUCCAUCCACGGCAGGAAUAGGGUCGUUGGUGAUUCUACUGAGGUGCUAUCAAAGAUGAUUGCUAUUUGCUGUCCGCAACACUGGAGAGCUGCUCUCGGUCAUUUUGUCGUAGAAGGGAGGCUUGCCUUAUGGCUGGCCUCCCGCUACAGUUGGGAAGCCGGGUUAGUUGUAUCGAAGUUGGUUUCGAUACCGCGGCGUGAAAAGUACGACAUACUUUGCCGGUGCGCAAUUCCUUUACCCCAGUUGAGGGGCAUUGCAACGGUGGCCGGGGCAAAAAUAAGGUUGAGCAACGCAUCCAAAAGAAGCAUUGCGGUGCGUCUGGCCAGUGGUUACACAACUGAGGAGCUACAGCUGAGUGCUUUUGCUAAAGUAUGUCAGAAAAAUGGGGAUUGGGAAACGUCCCUUUCCCUCUUCCAUCGAGUCGCUACCGAGGAAUUCCAACAACGUGCGGUUCAGUGUAUCCUUGCACACUGCCCCGGUUUCGGGGUGAAAAAGUUACUUCAGCUGGUGAAUGAGCAUUGCCCGGCUAACACUUGGACGACGUCAAUGCUAGUGAAGCACUCCGAUGACUGGGUGGAGGCCCUGUACGUUCUCCGCCAUGUGAUGGCUCGCGGGACGCGUUGCAAUCCACAAAUACUGAGCGCUUUUAUGGACGUGCAGCCACCGGUUGACGUUGUAUCGACUGUGGUCCGUAACACCACAUUUGCGGGGCGCAGUGAGGGUAUUAUGAGACGCCUUGAGAUCCUAGAGAUAAGUGGAAAGAGCCCGCAGCAUUAA